ACGAAGGAAAAAAAAAACGAAGAAGAAAAAAGAAACCACCAGAUUGUUGAACAUAUUUCCCCAUUUUUCCUCUUCUUGUGUUUUUAUAUCAAGAAGGAGAGAUCUAUUUCAUAUUAAACGCUGAUAUUCAUAAUCUCACCGAAGUUUCACUGUCAUUCCGGGCUAAAACUGAUCACGAAUGCCUUCUCUGGGCCAUGAUGACCACCGUCGGACAACAGCGGAAGAUGCAAUUAUGAAUUACGGAGACUUCAACGAUCACUGCGUCCCACAUAUCAUGCAGAACACGUAUUGGGAUUGUGGUUUGGCCAGUUUGGCUAUGGUAUUGCGAGGACUGGGCGUGAACUGCGGAGUUGAUGACUUGGCCAAGCAGUGUCCAGUAAAAAGUAUAUGGACGAUUGACUUGGCCUUCCUUUUACGCAAUUACGUUCAAGAUUUCACUUAUUAUACAAGCUACCUGGGUAGCAGAAAAGAAUACCAAGAUGCAAAGUUUUAUCAAGACGACUUUGACGAAGACGAAAAGCGGGUGAACAAACUAUUUGCUAUUGCCAAGAGUUGUUCAGUACACGUUGUUAGAAUGGUUUUGCCAUUGGACGAUUUCAAACGAUUUUUACACUGCAGACGCUUCGUUAUUGUGGCAUUAAUUAACGCUCGGCUAUUGGACUGUCAGCUUUGCAGGACACGGCAAGGAUGUCUCGCAUCCAUGUGCGGACAUUUGGAUUUAGUGUUGGAACGGUUUAAAGGUUAUGAUUAUCUUGGCCAUUUCAUUGUCUUGAUCGGAUACGAUCCUACGACGGAUGUGUUUAUAUAUCGCGAUCCUGCUAAACCCGAUGAAUUUUGCACAGCAUCCGCCGAAUUGAUUGAUCGCGCCAGGCAGUCGGAAGGUACCGAUCAUGACUGCAUCGUCGUAAAACUGCCAUAACAUACCACUAUGCAUCUUUUUCCCCACUGUUCCAUCUCCUACCACUUUCUUGUUGCCAUUAUGCAUCCCUUACAAACUUACCUACCUCCCUCCUGUUAUUUUUAGACGCCUUAAUCUUCUGUUCCACGUUACAGCAUCAGGACUGCCUUAUCUUGCCCCGAGUUG